AUGGUGACGCCGACCAACGGCAGAGUCAGGACCUACCACGUUGUGCCUCGCUUCGAUCUUGCGGCCGAAGGCGGCCAAUUGGGCUUUCGAGAGACACGGGCGAGCAUCCGUGAAGGUAGCUUCGACGCCUGGGUGAAGAUCCUCGGUUGUCUUGGUACGGAAAGCACUGGAGGCUCCGCCACAAUAGCAGAAUCUCGCGAUGCCGAGAAUACGGUGUCCUGUGAGGAGAUCGUCACGACAUAUUUUGACCCUGACGAUUCAUUCUUGGAGGCAAGUUUCGCCAUCGAACCUGUUCGACAUCACCUCGAAAGAUCUCGGGACUGGACUGCUACUUUGUACAUGGUCACCGGUAUCAAGGUGGCCAAAGGACUGGAGUACAACAGGUCGAACAACAUUCAAGGCCAAAUCGGCACCCAAGCCGCCAUUGAUGGUGCGCAUAACGUCGUUGCUGAGACUUCUAUCGCUGCGAAUUUCAGCGGUGCGAACGAUCACAGUCUCGAGUUUGCAGUUGCGAGUGACAUCGUUAUUGGUUUCAGAGUGAACAAGUUUCGCUGUGUCCGCCGCUUUGGUUUUGGAAAAAAAGACAGGAAGGUCAAAGACAACGGUCUUCUGACUGGGGCAAUGAUGGCGAACGACAACGACAAUGUUCCACAAGAACACAUAAAGGUGGAAGCACUGGCAAUCAGCGAGGAGAAUGAGGAUUCCACUAUCCUUACUACCGCAGGUGAUCAGGCCGAACGCUGCGUCGUUCCUGAUACUCUCAAGCAACUGGCUGGUCUUCUUUGA